UUUAGUCUUACAUAAAUGGUUUACGAAAGGGAUAAGGGGGUCAACAAGCCAAAUUUUGAAACAAGAUGAAGCUAAGUUACCUGAUACUACUGACUAUUAUCUGCCUUGAAGUUGUAGCGCACAGAAGAGGCGGCUUUCGCAAAUCUCGCAGACAUCGAGGCGACUUGUUGAGACACCGUGGACACCGUGGACACAGAAUUCACCGUCACAGAGAUCAGUUUCAUAGACCUCACAGACACAGGCAUCGGCUUGAAAGGUUCCACAGAAGGAAAGAUUUUUCUAGAAGAUUUCGUAAAGACCGAGACCAUUCGGUAAUAUUUCAUCGGACAAAAGAUCUCGAUAAAAAUAUACCCAGAAGCAACGAAUUUUUCCGGAGAUUUCACCGUAAGGAAAUUGAUUCACCGGAAUUAUACAAUAGAAAAGAAAAUUCAAGAAAAAAUUAUAAAAUUAAAAAGCACAGCCCACGUUUUCAUGAAUUUGAAGAUAGUUUCCAAAAUCACGACGAACCCCUUGACUACUCAACUCAAAACAGCAGACAGGAUGCUUCACCAAGCUCACCGCAAUCUAAUUCUCAACAAUGUGCAAAAGCUGAUAUUGUUCUUCUUCUGGAAUCUUCGACACAAGUGGACGAGAAUGACUGGGAGAGUAUCAUUGCCUACCUUGAGGACCUUGUUCAAGAAUUUGAUUCGGACUCCUACGACGUUCGCUUCGGACUAGUCACAUACGACAAAAAUCCGACAAAAAUAUUUGAUUUGAACAGUCAUUCAGAUUUUCCUUCAAUACUAAGUGAGAUUUCUUUGAUAAAAUAUCCACACAUAGAGGGAAGUAACCUACACCUGGGACUACAUGAAAUCCUGACAGAGGAAAUGUUCAGCUCUGCAUUCGGUGGGAGGGCGGAUGCUAAGCACAUUGUUUUAGCGAUCACUGACGGGAAUGCUGACGAUGUGGGACAAGUGAAAGAAACGGCUGACGAGCUGAAGAAAAGUGACGUCACCAUCAUGGCAGCCCAUCUUGGCCAACAAACAAAUGACGAGAUUUUGCACGAACUAACCAGUGACGCUUCUUACGUUUUUUCUUUGACUGAAAUAAAAAAUCUUGCCAGUGCCAUCUCAGGCUUAGCAACAACUACAUGCCCAGAUGACGAUGACCCAGAAGAACCAACAACAACAACAACAGAGAGUUCAACAAUCGGCCCGUCUACAACUAUUUCAGUACAACAAUCAACAGCAGUCGAAGAAACAGCUAGUCCUCAGGAAACAGCACAGUUAAAAAUAAUUACAGACUCAAUUUUAACAUCAUUAAAAACAUUAGGUUCAACAACAACUUACGAAAGAGCAAAUACAGUACCAAUAACAACAAUACAUACAACAACAACAAAACCAACAAUAAAAACAAAAUCAACAACAAGAGAACCAACAACUACAGAAUUAACAACAGAACCAACAACUAAAGUAGCAACAAUAACAGAAUCAACUAAAACGGAACGAACAACAACAGAACUAACAACAGAACCAACAACAAAGGAACAAACAACAACAGAACAAGCAACAACAGAACCAACAAUAACAGAAACAACAUCAACAGAACCAAGAACAACAGAAACAACAACAACAGAACCAACAACUACAGAACCAGCAACAACGGAACCAACAACAACAGAAACAACAACAACAGAACCAACAAUAGAAGCAACAACAACAGAAACAACAUCAACAGAACCAACAACAACAGAAACAACAACAAAAGAAUCAACAACUACAGAACCAGCAACAACAGAACCAACAACAACAGAAACAACAACAACAGAACCAACAAUAGAAGCAACAACAACAGAACUAACAACAGAACCAACAACAAAGGAACAAACAACAACAGAACAAGCAACAACAGAACCAACAAUAACAGAAACAACAACAACAGAAGCAACAACAACAGAUACAACAACAACAGAACCAACAACAACAGAAACAACAAUAACAGAACCAACAACUACAGAACCAGCAACAACGGAACCAACAACAACAGAAACAACAACAACAGAACCAACAAUAGAAGCAACAACAACAGAAACAACAUCAACAGAACAAACAACAACAGAAUUGACAAUAACAGUACUAGCAACAACGGAAGAAACAACAACAGAAUCAACAACUCUAGAAGCAACAACAACAGAAACAACAACAGAACCAACAACAACAGAAGCAACAACAGAGCCAACAAAAACAGAACCAACAACAUCAGAAGCAAAAAGAACAGAAACAACAACAGAACCAGCUACAACAGAACCAACAACAACGCAACCAACAAGAGCGAAACUAACCACAACGGAACCAAUUAUAACCAAAACAAAAACAACAGAACAAAUAACAACAGAACAAAUAACAACAGAAACAACAACUAGAGAAUCAAUAACUACAAGAGCAGAACCAAUAAACAUUGAACAUACAACUAUAGAAAUAACAACUACAGAAAAAGUAACAGCAUUUACAGCAGCAACAACUAAGGAAACAUCACCAACAACUACAAAACCAACAAUCACAAAUACGGAACCAACUACGACAGAACCAACAACGACAGAACAAACAACAACUUCUGAAACAACAAAAGCUGCAGAAUCAGCAACAACGACAGAAGCAAAAACAAUAGAACCAACAACUUCAGAACCAACAAGUACAGAAGCAGCAGCAACAACUGCAGAAUUAACAACUACAGAACCAAUAACGACAGAAUUAAUAACGACAACAGAAACUCCAGUAACAAAGACAGAACCAGCAACAACCACAGAAACAGCAACAAUAGAAUUAACAACUACAGAAUCAACAGCAACUACAGAACUAGCAUCAACAGAAUCAACAACUACAGAACUAAAAACAGAAUCAACAUCGACAGAACCAACAACUACAGACACGGCAAAAAAAGAACUAACAACUACAGAAUCUACAACUACAGGAACAAAAACAGCUAGAGAAUCAACUGCAACUACAAAAGAAGCAACAACAAAAUUAACAACUACAGAAUCAGCAACAACGACUGAACCAACUACGACAGAAACAACAGAACAAACAACAAUGACAGAAGAAACAAUAGCUACAGAAUUAUCAUCAACAACAACAACUAAAACAACAACGAUAGAAACAACAAUUAAAGAACCAACAACAACAGAAUCAACAACGAUAGAACCUACAACGACAAAACCAACAAUAAAUACAGAAACAACAGCUUCAGAAUCAUCAACAGCUAUACAAUCAACAACGACAGAACCUAAAACUAAAGAAGCAACGACAGAACCAACAACAACUACAGAAACAACAGAAACAACGACAACAGAAACAACACCGUCUAAAUUUACAAGAACUACAGAACUUACAGCGAGAAAAUCAACCAUUUUAGCAACUACGUCUAAAUCAACAACAGCUGAACUGACAACAGCGAAUUCUACAACAUCUAAACAAAUAUCAACAACAGAACCACCACCAACAUCAAAACCAUCGACAUCAAAAUCGACAAUAGAACCACUAACAACAGUAGAACAAAUAACAUCUCAAAUUAACAACACAGCUACUACAACACAAAGAAACACAAAAAUAUCAACCUACAGCUUUCAGUCUCAAAAUACCAGCACCACGCCAAAGAACUUACCCGUAUCUUCCACUUUAAAAACUCUACAAACAUCCCCACUAUCAGUGUUACAGAACACUUCAAGAAGUCCACUCAAAUUCUGUCCAACCAAAACGGACGUCGUUCUCGUGUUAGAUGCAUCAUCAAGUAUUGGCCCGCGCCAUUGGUCGGUUCUCAUCAGCUUUGCAGCACUGCUAAUUGAACUUUUCCCUCUAGAAGACAACAUAUUCCACAUUGGCGCUCUACUUUUUAACAACGUUUCAACUGAAAUAUUCCCACUCGCUUUCUCACAAAAUUACAGCACAAUUUCUAAGAUCUUGCUUGGCACCCCGUAUCCAAGGCAGCAAGGAACCUACACACAUCUGGCCCUGAAACACGCAAAAGCCAUGUUUGACCAGAGAAACGGAGGACGGGAAGACGCCAGACGUGUCGUCAUUGUCAUCACGGAUGGGGAGUCUAGAGCACCGAGGAGAACUAAGAGGAUCGCCCAGCUUCUGAAGACCAGCAACAUCACCAUCAUAGCCGUGGGGGUGGGGUCAGACAUCAACGUCCAAGAGCUGGAGGACAUGGCCAGCGGUCCAGCGUUUGUCUUUACAACCACAGACUUCGCCAGUUUAUACAGCAUCAAGAAACAGCUUGUCUACAGCACAUGCCUCACUACUGAUAGCUCGAUUAAGCUAAAUGCAACAACGAAACAGACACCAAGCUUUAGAGACACACCAUCAUCAUCAGCAACACCAGACCAGUCAAAGCCUUCUACAAAAAGCAACGGUGAAACACCAUCAACAACUGCAACAACAGAAGCAACGGAAACUUCUACAUCAAGAUUUAGCGACACUUCAUCACUACCAGCAACAACAGAACCGACGGAAACUUCUACAGCAAGCAAUGGUGUCACACCAUCAGCUACUGCAACAGAAAGUCCUUUCAGCUUUACUAUGAUAAAACUACUGGAGACAUCAACACUUAGCUCGAUAGUCACCACAUCAACCACACAACCGACGCCUACAUCCACCAGCCCCCAACCCACCACAUCAACCACAGCAACCACACAACCGACGCCUACAUCCACCAGCCCGCAACCCACCACAUCAACCACACAACCGACGCCUACAUCCACCAGCCCCCAACCCACCACAUCAACCACAGCAACCACACAACCGACGCCUACAUCCACCAGCCCGCAACCCACCACAUCAACCACACAACCGACGCCUACAUCCACCAGCCCCCAACCCACCACAUCAACCACAGCAACCACACAACCGACGCCUACAUCCACCAGCCCGCAACCCACCACAUCAACCACACAACCGACGCCUACAUCCACCAGCCCCCAACCCACCACAUCAACCACAGCAACCACACAACCAACGCCUACCACCAGCCCUCAACCUACCACAUCAACCACACAUCAGACGCCAACCACCAGCACCCACGUCACUACAUCAACACCAGUACCUGAAACUAAACCAACCAAACCAUACAGGAUUCCUUUUAUUCCUCUUAUAAUCUUUCAGCCAGACCUUAACCCAAAGGAUCCACAAACCACUCAAGCUUCUAACAAAGGAACAACAACUAAAUCGUCGACUACCAUAAACACUCAACCAUCAACACAGCAACCGACUACCACUGGCCCAACAACUCGAGGAAAUAUAAAAACAACCUGUGAAAACAAAGGCAUAGCCCCACCCACCACGCCCAAGCCAUGCCAGGGACGCGCUGACGUCAUCCUGGUGCUAGACGCGUCCACCAGCAUCGGCCCCCUCCACUGGAGAGUGCUGGUCAAGUUUGCCGCCGAGCUGACCCAGGCAUUCGCCCUAGGACCGGACGCGUUUCAAUUCGCUGCCAUCAUUUUCAACAGAUUCCCCAGCAAAAUAUUUGACCUGAUCGAAUACAAGAGCCAUGGGAAUCUUUCUAAGGCGUUACGUGGCAUCAAGCACCCUGGGAUACAAGGCACCUGGACCCACCUGGCUCUACAGCUGGUCCUCACCCCUGAUAUCUUUAGUGGUCAUUUCGGUGGGAGGCCGGACGCCAAGAGAUUCGUCAUCGUCAUGACUGACGGGAGGUCCAAAUUCCCACUCAAAACUCAAGAAGCUGCUGACGCCAUUAAGAACAACGGAGUGACAAUUCUGACAGUGGGCAUUGGGCGAGACAUCAGCAAUACCGAACUAGAAGGGAUGGCCAGUCGACUCAGCUACGUGUUCUACUCACCAUCCUUCAAGUACCUACAGGAAAUCAAGCAGGACCUCAUAGACGCCACGUGUCAAGCUUCAGAGGGCGGCCAAGCCAGUAACGGUAACAGCCGAGUAGAGAGGACCACUUAUCGUGUGGAUAGAAGAUAAACGAAAUGCAACGACUAGAUACAAAUCUUUGAUGUAACUGCUAUUUUUCAGUGCUAGGGCACAAAAAUAAUUUAAUCGCUGUC